AUGUCUGCGUUCACAGAGAUGUUCCAUGUGUUUGGCCCCUCAAAGCCCACAGUGGCAGAGCUGGGUGAGGACGCCACACUGCUCUGCUUCCUGUACCCAGUAAUGAGUGCAGAGAACAUGGAGUUGAGGUGGGUCCGGUCCAAUAGCCUGGAGCCAGUGUUCAUCUAUCAAGACCGACAGGAACGACAUGAGGAGCUGAUGGCCCAGUACGCAGGGCGGACCUCACUGGUGGGGGAAUUCCUCCAUGAGGGGAAGGCUGCUGUUACCAUCCACAAGGUCCAGGCUGCUGACAAUGGGCUGUACACCUGCUUCUUCAGCAACGGAGUCUUCAGUGACCAAGCCAGCUUGGAGCUGCAGGUGGCAGGUGUGGGCUCUGCCCCCCAAAUGCACAUCUCGGGGCCAGAGGAGGAUGGGGUGCGCGUGGUGUGCAUGGCCUUGGGCUGGUUCCCGGAGCCCCAGGUGCAGUGGAGAGACUCCCGUGGGGAGCAGUUCCUGGAGUUCUCCGUGAUCCAGGCCCAGGACACUGAGGGGCUAUUCAGCGUAGAGGCUGCUCUGGUGGUGAGAGACAGCUCUGUGGGGAGCGUGACCUGCUCCAUCCUCAACCCCAUCCUGGGCCAGGAGAAAGCCAUGGCCAUUGUCAUCCCAGAGCCCUUCUACCCCCGGGCCUCUCCCUGGAAGCCGGCUUUCCAGGUGAUCCUGCCCUUGCUGCUGCUCCUGCUCCUGGGGGCUUCCUGGUACACCCAGAGAGAACAUUCCACACAGAUGCGGGAGCUGCAGGAACAGGGGAAUCUGGGCCAGGCUAAGGAGCGGGACCUACAGACAAAGGAGGAGGCCCUGAAGGACACAGGUGAACUCCAGGCAAUUCUAGACCAGAGGAAGGCAGCUUACCUGGCUGCCUGGAGGAAGGCCCAGCUGUACGCAGAUGUGGAUCCUGGAUUCUCCUCUCUCCCCCUCUCUCCUCACACGGUUGGAAAACUCACGCUCUUCCCUGAUGGCCUCAGAGUCUUGCUUUGUUUGAUCUGAGUGUUGGGGAAUGACCUGCUUCCUCCU